AUGAUUCCACCAUGCGACCCCUCCAUUCUCGAACACAACCCUCAAUUCAAACGCCUAUAUGAGAAUCUUACGACCUCUUUUCUGAACCCAGAUGCCUCCACCCGUGCUCAAGCGACAAACCUAGCCCGUACAGCUGUGGAAGACCUGAAGAGAUGUCAGACCCAAAACGCGAAGAAACGCAUCAAGGAGCAAAUGCUCAGCCAAUUGGCCUUCGCCCCAGACACCAACCUACCGGCGGAGCACCACGAUAACCUCGCAAUAAUAUCCCUCUACCUCUCAACACCCCCAGGAACACUCAAUGCAGACCAAGAGCCCAACGAAACACUAUCCCUCCUAGGCCCAGACAUCCAAACAUUCACCGCAAACAUCCCAUCUCUAAUCCAGCCCCUCUCCACCCUUCUCAACAAAUCCAUCCAAGACCUACGCGCUCUAUCGGCCAAAGACACAGCCGCAGAACCCGAACGCCCAAGCCACAAUGCUCGCGCUCGAGCUCGCGACCGCCGAGUCCGCACCUCCAUGGCUCCAGUCCCACCCCUCGCAGACGAGCUGAGUGCGCGCGUCCGCGCUCUGCGCCAGAUCCAGCUCGCCGAGCUACCAGCCGCACGACGGAAACUGGCGGCCACGGCGGCGCAGGUGGUUGCUUUGCGCGCGGGCGUUCUUGAACGGUCUGUUGUUAUCCUCGAGAGGGCGAAGUAUGGGGCUCUUGCGCGUGCGACCAGGGCGAAGGCGGAGCAUUUGGCUAUUGUUGCGCAGGGCGUCGAGGGAAAAUUGGAGGUUACGAAACUGGAGAUUGCCGCGACGCUAUAUUCGCCUGAAACUAUUGCUGCUCUGACUAGAUAUCAGGUGCAUUUGAGGAAAACUAGGGAACGGUUGGAGGAGCAGAGGAUGAGGACUGUUGAGGAGUUGAAAGCCUUGGGGGACCCUGAGGUGUCUGAUGCUGGCAUGGAAACGAACGAAGAGGGGUUUGAUGAUAUCAAGAGCCGGUAUGGUGGCUUGAUCAAAGAGGUGGAGUUGUUGAAGGUGGAAAUUGCUCGUUUGGGGGCAUGA